AUGGAGUCGGUGAGGACGAAAUGGAUGGCUAUGGCGGCUAGUAUAUGGAUACAGUGCACAAACGGCGCUUCUUACACCUUCGGAAUCUAUUCCGCGCUUCUAAAAUCGACUCAAUUGUACGAUCAAUCGACCCUCGACACCGUCUCCGUCUUCAAGGACAUCGGGGCAAACGCCGGAGUUUUCUCUGGGCUUCUCUACACUUACGCUACCUCCAAUAGCCGCCGUGGAAGGGGAGGCGGAGGCGCAGGAGGACCUUGGGUGGUGCUCGCUGUUGGGGCGAUUCAGUGCUUCGCCGGUUAUUUUCUCAUUUGGGCUUCCGUCACCGGACUGAUCAGAAAGCCUCCGGUGCCGUUGAUGUGCCUCUUUAUGUUUCUAGCUGCGCAAUCGCAAACGUUUUUUAAUACGGCCAACGUCGUUAGUGCCGUAGAGAAUUUCGCCGAUUAUGGUGGUACCGCCGUUGGAAUCAUGAAGGGUUUUCUUGGUCUAAGCGGAGCCAUAUUAAUUCAACUGUAUGAGACAGUGUGUGCUGGAGAUCCGGCGAGCUUCAUUCUUCUGUUGGCAGUAACACCAACACUUCUCUCCCUCUUGGUCAUGCCUCUAGUCAGGAUCUACGAGACAAGCACAGCCGAUGAUAAAAAGCAUUUAAAUGGUCUUUCAGCUGUAUCACUUAUCAUUGCAGCAUAUCUUAUGAUCGUUAUCAUUCUGAAGAACACCAUUGGUUUGUCACACUUGGCCAAUGUUGUCACUCUUGUAUGUCUCCUCAUUCUGCUUGCAUUGCCUCUACUUAUUGCGAGAAGAGCACAUCGAGACCGCAUGGAAAAAACAGUACUACCUGAUAAAUCCCCUCUUAUAAGUAGUCCAAAAGCAACAACCUCCGUUAACCAAAGUUCAGAAGGCGACAGGCAAAUAGAAGCUGGUCUGAGUGAGAACCUAAAUCUUCUGCAAGCUAUGAAAAAACUAAGCUUCUGGUUGUUGUUUAUUGCCAUGAUUUGUGGAAUGGGCUCUGGACUUUCGACGAUAAACAACAUCCGACAAAUAGGUGAGUCUCUUCGAUACUCAUCCGUUGAGAUAAAUUCAUUAGUUUCCUUGUGGAGUAUAUGGAACUUUCUCGGUAGAUUUGGAGCCGGUUAUGCCUCCGAUGCAUUGCUACACAAAAGAGGUUGGCCACGUCCAUUGCUAAUGGCUGCAACACUUGGAACGAUGACCAUAGGCCAUCUAGUCAUAGCCUCUGGUUUUCAAGGAAAUCUAUAUGUUGGUUCUGUUAUCGUUGGCGUCUGUUAUGGUUCACAGUGGUCAUUGAUGCCUACAAUCACCUCUGAACUAUUCGGGGUUCGUCACAUGGGAACCAUCUUCAACACCAUAUCCGUGGCCAGUCCCAUCGGUUCUUAUAUCUUCUCUGUAAGAUUGAUCGGUUAUAUAUAUGACAAGACUGCUUCUGGAGAGGGGAACACAUGUUACGGCCCUCGCUGCUUCAGGCUGUCUUUUGUUAUAAUGGCGUCUGUUGCGUUCUUUGGGUUUCUUGUCGCCAUUGUACUGUUGUUUCGGACAAAGACUCUCUAUCGACAGAUCCUUCUCAAGAGGCUUCAUCGUCGAUAG